AUGGAACAUGGACACCUUCAUCAUAUCAGUGGUAGUUUGGAUAGCAUAGCCAGCGGAGAAUGGAUGUGGCCGUCGCCGUCGUCGGAGACGGCAUCGGCCACUACCGUCUCCCUCUCUCUCUUCUCGAUUCCUCCAUCGCCAUCAUCGCCGUCUCCGCCACCGUCAGAUUUGGCUCCGGGUCCGUCGCCGAAUUCGUAUAACUCGGUUUUCUCCGAUUUUGACGUCGUUAGGGCUUCAGAUGAAGGGAUUCGGUUGAAUUUUCACCAUCGCCGCCGACCAACUCCCACCAACCACCUCCCCACCAUCGUCUUCCGGCCAACCACCUCCGACCACCGUCUUCCGUCGCCGACCAACCACCCCCCACCACCGACCAAGCACCUGACACCACCCGUCUGGUUUAAUUUUUUUUGA